AUUUCUGCCGCCAUGUUCCCGUUCCAAUGUUUUCGUUGAGCAAGCUCAGAUAUUUAGGAGAGCAUUGUGUUUACAUCAAUCGAACUUGGCAUCUUAUCUGAUGAUAUUGACAGAUAUUCUCCAAUAUGCAGCUCAGCUGAUACAUUUACAGGCGAUAGUAUUGCGUUGUAAAGCAAAGAUCGCAGAAACCCUGAUGAUGAACAGGCAGCCUACGUCCGGAGGGAAAGGACGUGGACUCGCCCCGCCAUUAAAUGCCAACAAUAACGACCUCGCCAGCUACUUCGAAUGCCCCGUCUGCUUCGACUAUGCACUUCCUCCCAUCAUGCAAUGUCAAAGUGGUCAUAUCGUGUGCCAGACGUGUCGUCAGAAACUGGCUUCUUGUCCAACAUGCCGAGGACCUCUUGGAAACAUCAGGAACCUAGCCAUGGAGAAGGUUGCAGCUACAGUGAAUUUCCCCUGCAAGUAUUCCAACAAUGGCUGCUUGAUGACGUUGUUACAUACAGAAAAGACAGACCAUGAAGAAACAUGUGAAUUCAGGCCAUACACCUGUCCGUGUCCUGGAGCAUCGUGCAAGUGGCAGGGAUCCCUGGAGAAUGUGAUGCCUCACCUCAUGCAGUCUCACAAGAGUAUAACCACACUACAGGGUGAAGAUAUUGUGUUCCUGGCUACAGACAUCAACCUGCCCGGGGCAGUAGACUGGGUGAUGAUGCAGUCAUGCUUUGGUCAGAACUUUAUGCUAGUGCUGGAAAAACAAGAAAAAUAUGAUGGAUUACAGAUGUUUUAUGCCAUUGUACAGUUAAUAGGAACACGGAAACAAGCUGAAAACUUUGCAUACAGACUAGAACUAAACGGUCAUCGGAGACGUCUGACAUGGGAGGCAACUCCACGAAGCAUUCACGACGGCAUCCAGUCAGCAAUCAUGAGCAGUGACUGCCUGGUGUUUGACACCAACAUCGCACAACUGUUCGCAGACCAUGGCAACCUUGGAAUUAAUGUUACAAUAUCCGUCUGUGAAAGAUAAAGGGAUCUGCUGGAGACACUACUGUUUGAUAUCAUCGUUGUACAUAGACUUGUAAGAUUAUAUUGUACAUUUGAUCUAGACGUCCACGGACGGUGCAGUUGACCGGCUGAUCACAUUAUCGGUGGGUGCAUAUACCUCAAAAUAACCCUGGCUCUCAUGGGGAGGGGAGAGACAAAUAGAGUGUGGGGGUAACGAUAAAGUGACCGGUUCCACAACCAGAUCCUGGCCCAAAUAACAUGCAACAUCCCUGGGAAAACUGUUGGUAUGGACUGAUUAAUGUCCUUGAUAUUAAUGACUGAGGAGGGAGACAUGAAUAAAAAAUCUCAUUCAGGGUUUCGACAAACACAAUUUUGUCAUGUUACCAGCUGGACCAGGUCCAUAAAUCUUAUCCUUACCUAGGCUACUAGGUAACUAAGGGUGGUGGAUUAGGCUAGUGGUUAAAGUAUUAGCUCAUCAUGCCAAAGGCCUUGGUUUGCUUCCUCACUUGAGUACAAUGUAUUAAAUCCUUUUCUUGUGUCCCCUUUCUCGAUGUAAAUAAAUAUUGCUAAGGGCAGCGUAAAACCAUCCUGAAUCUCUAGAUACCUACAAAAUUGAAAAAGGUUCUACCGGGUACUCCUAAUUCAGUUAAAGGAAGCUUAAUCAGGAGCUUGCAAUUCAUUUUGUCCACUAGCCUGUCCGAGAACUUUUAUCAUUGCUAGUCCUGUUUUAUGUUUACUGUCAUUUGUGUGGUAGAGAUCGUAUUUGUCGAACACUGAGCCACGGAAAACCAUUGUUGGUUGCAAGGUUGAUAGGUCAGUACCAGGCCACCAGGAACAUGUAUGUUGUGUAUUUGCCACUUUGAGUUAGACUGAAAGAUAGGACAGUUGCAGGACCAAGAGUGUGGUGGAGCAGGGCUGUGAUGCGUAACAUAUCACAAUCUCAUUAAAAUCAGAUCUUAGUUCUUGCUACGGCUAAACAAAGAUCUGAGGACAUCCCAUUACGGGUCACGUCGACCAACUUGCGCAAAUUUUGAUCGACCAAUGGAAUGACUGACAAGAAGUCCACAUUAGCCAAUCAGAAGGCAGCUUUUUCGUGCUUUAUGGCACUAGUUUCAAACUGGCAACUAUGAUUUGAAACAUAUUUUGACAAAUUCUCAAUGAAAAAAUUAAAAAUUUGAAAACGGAACAAACAAACAUUCUGGAAUGGUUAAUACAUGGCCUAGAUUGUAUGGAUUCAGUCAUAACUGUUGUUCGGAAUACCCCUUGUUAAAUCUUUUGAUUAUGCACGAUCAGAAAUCACAUUCCGACUGUCAAUUUCAUGAUCAGGUAAGCGACGCAUUGAUUGGUCAGAUGAAAGUUCAUUCUGACAUGGAUGUCAGGGAUGUCCUCAGAUCUUUGCUUAUCCGUAGCGAGGACUAGGAGCUGAUUGGAAUGAGAUUGUACUUAUCAUGAUAAGAGUUCCAACAGAAUACAUAUCACGAUACACCAUGAUGGUGUAUUAAUGAUUAUUGAGAUGUAUUCAUGUUUGAGGACAUAGCCUUGUGUGUUGUGGCUGAACAAACUAAACACAUUCACUGUGUUGUAUCUGCCUUGAAGUGAGCGUCUUGACUACGGCAUAGUAUGGAGAUGUGUCACCCUAUCGUUACACCCCCAGAAACUAGGACCAUGUUAUUCCAGAAGGGAAACCAGUUGCAUACUGUAAUUGGAAUAUUCACCAUGCUUGCUUUAAUCUUAUAUUGGAUCUGCAUUGAGUUUUUAAGAUGGGGUUAUUGUCAGCUUCAUGGACACAAAUCUUGACCCCGUUCCACACAUUAUCUCGGAGCUACGACUGCUGUAGGUCUGUGCUAAAGUAUAGGAUUACUCUUGCUUUAGCAGUACGUUACUUUGUGGGAAGGUGUCAUGAUCUUUUAAAGGCCAGACUUUUUUUAAGCUUGGUUUCCAAAUCUGCCAACUCCCAAAAAAUUGAAAUGUGAAAAUAAAUUAAAAAAUGAAAAGCAUUUUUGGUUAUUCCAUCUACAACUCAUCCUCCAUAUGAUUAAAAACUUUGAAAUGCUAUAAUUAAAAUCUGUUGAAAAUUUAUCGUUAACCUUCAAAACAACGAAUAUUGUGACGGAUUUGGGUCUGGAAUGGAAGGGAGGUUACUCUAAACUUGUUUCUUUCCCUAUGACACCCACUCCCACUUUUUUGUUAACUACUUAACACAUUGAGGAAAUAAGAAACAUAUUAGAAAAGGGUGAUAUGUUUUUCUGCCUACAUCCUGAAUUUUGGGGCCAAAAAUCUGUAGCCCCAAAAAAUAAACAUACAUGUCUGGCCUUAGGCUGGAAAGUAAGUUCAAAUACUAUAUUUAAUUUUGUCAUGCAAUUCCUAAAUGUAUGGAGCACAGACGGUACUGAGUCAAUAUCAGUGUGUUCUGUCGACAACAUCUCCCUGUGUAGAAUUAUGAGGAAACUAAGCAGUGUUUUAAAUGAUGGAAAUAUACAAAAGUAUCUCUUUGUAUAAUGCUUUAAUUUAAGACGGUGAAAGAGACAUAUUUUUUUAAGGGAUUAUAUCUUGCAAAAGGUAUUAAAGUCUGUUGUCUGUGGACAAGCAUAUGUUGCUAUUGGUUACAUGACUGUACCAGGUGGCUAUACCAGCAUGCAUUGCGGUUUCCUAAUAUAUUUCCUGAUUAAAACUUGGAUGGUUGUCAGUUACCUUCAUGGACCUGUGACCUAUAUACUAGCUGUGAUUAAGUGAUUGAUGCAUAAAUAGCACUGAUGUCCAGUUCACCAGAACCAGUGUUUUAUGGACAGUACAAAUAUAACAGUUGGUUUGUAGAAGUGAGCUGGAAAAGAGAGGUAUGAAAAGUUUAAGCAUGUUCAAGUCUUGUUACAUUUCUACCUUAAUGUGUAUACCACUCAGCACUUUAUAGGGACAUUCUUUCCAGGGUUAGACUGAAGGUUCUUGGAGACAUUGUCAUUUGAACAGUAUUCAAUAUUUCUAUAAAACUGAUGCAUUUAUUUUUAACUUUAUUCUUUCGUCAAAUGUUUUCUCUUGGCUUUGUUACAGUAUGGAGUAGCUGAGUUUCUGUAUCAGAUGUUGAGUAGCAUGUGUGAUGAGUCAGAGGAUAGUGUUUUGUAGAGUAAAUAUGGAUAGUCACUGUCUUCAGUGGAAAUAUUCUGAUAAGUCAGUGGUUGCUAAUGCCCUCGUGUAGAAAAAUGUAAGAAGAACUCCUACGCAACUGAAUCAUGUUAAGAGUUGAUCAAACACAACUUUAUCUAAUUCACCAACAUCAUGUAAUUAGGUCUUACAUUCUUACAUUAAAUAAAUAGGAUUUGCUACAAAGUACAAUUUUUAUAAAGCUGAUGCUGCAAACGUCUGCCAUUUCCUUGAGCUCCACAUAACUAUCAGGUCAGAAUGUCAUCCCACAAACACAAGGGACACUAGCUUACUUUCUUACCAGUUUCACAGAUGCAAACUGAAAAAUACUGAUGAAAGGACUUACCAAAAAUGAAUAACUACUUGGAAAGAAUUAAGGUGGGUGGUAGUGGUAGAAGCGUUGGCUUGUCAUUUCUGAAGGCCUGGGUUUGAUUUCAGCCUUGGUAAAAUGUAUGGACUGUAAGGUAUGAUGCUGUGAUAUAACAGCAUUAAACCACUCACUCACUCACUCACUCUGAUAUUGGCCCACCAGCCAACCAGUAAAGUGCCAAACUUGUCGAUGAAGAUCCAUAUUCCCCUGGGAUCCCAGACGUAUUGUUCAUAUCAUGUUUGCUGUUCCCUGAGUAAUAAGUUGAUAUCUCUGCAUUUUGUAUUUGAUCACUAAGUUACUACCAUUUUCAUCGUGAUAUUUAGAAAUAUUCAUUUGACACUGAUAUUCUUAAAAGUGGCGUAAAACUCUAUUCACUCAAUUCAAAAAGGAAAUAUUUUGAAAAUGUUUUGAUGAGAGUUAUGAUACCGAUGUUAUGUAAAGGUUAGGUUUGCACUACUCCAGGCAUUGAACUAGCAGAUUGCAUGGCCAUGAGGAGGAACCUUCCCCUUCUUUGAGUAAACUAAUGUUACUUUGUCCAAGAAUUAGAGUAAUGCUCAUGAAAAUGUUUCUUCAUCACAAGUUGUCUGUUUUCUAUUACCAGACAGACACUGCAGACCAUAUCAAUUGUCAAUCUGUCAAUAACAUUUCCAUAUCAGCUGGAGGCUCGAGAAUACCAGCCGACUAGUAUACAUUCAAUUACCAAUGUGAAAUACAUAUAUUUUGUACAGUAUUGUAGCUAAAAUGGAUAGAAUUAAACGCCCGCAUGUUAUCAUAAAUGAGCGGGUUACUGUAACUUGAUAAUGCCCUCAUAUUGCUUGACGACGGGCCAUUAUCACGCCUGUUGUUAGGUGACGUCAUAGGGAUGGGAUAGGUGACAUCACUUUCAAUAGUGAUGUCAUCUGGUUUGUUCUAUGACGUUUCCAUAUUUGUGAAAGUGGGUCAGUGACAUUCGUGUUGAUUGCAGUUAAUGUUUCAAGACUGAUAUUGUUUCUUUUUAUUUGAUAACAAAUUCCAUCCAUUUUAGCUAUAAUAACGGUAGCUCCUUCGUCAGGCAGUUAAUGGAAGACCUCGGGCUUCUGCAAAUGAUAAUGUCGCGAAAAAUAGCGUUACCCCUAUGAUAUCUUCUUUCUAUUGCCUAUAAUUCAGUUCUGUUUAAAUGUAUUCAGAAGAGUGUCAGAUGAUACACUGGCUGGAAAAGUAGGACUUUAUUCAGGAUAUACUUGAAUGCUUCAAGUUUUUUUAUGUGUCUGAAGUAUGCUACUUGUACCAUCUUGCUUGGUUUAUAAGGGGCACAGGUGGACCAGUCCAAGACGCUGCUAUUCGCUAUGUGGAGUUGCAUCCCUUGGGGACACCAGAUUCUGGGUUUGAAUCCUGGUACAAUGUGUGAAGCCCAUUUCUGGGGUGCCCGCUGUGAUAUGCUGGAAUAUUGCUAAAAGUGGCGUAAAACUGUACUCCCUAGUGUGUCUUUCCACCCCACCAACAGCAAGCAGUGCAAGAUCACAGUCUUCUCUGUCUAGAACCAUCACUGUGCAAGGCCAGACAAGUUUAGUUUUCUUCUGGAACAGAUUUUCCUGGUCUCAUUCUCACUAAAAUAGCAGCAUGCCUGAAUUGUUUUCUGAAAAGCUCUGAGUUUAUUUUAGAAAUUACAAACAAGAAAGAAAGAACAUUGUUAAUUUUGUUUAAAUUUAAUUUCCAGUGCACUUGUCUGUAAAAUGAAAGCAUUUAUUGUUCUGGCUGUACAUGGUUCUACUGUGGACUCACUGAAACAAUGGGGGUUCACUGAACUAGUUUAUGGUGUUCCUUCACUUAUAUCUGCAUGUCAUUAAGCCUUCAUCCUCUUGCAUCCUUGGAUUUAAGCUUUUUUGUGUUGCUGUAAUUUACUAGCUAGGAGGAUUUUGUUUGACAUUAUAUAUCACCUUGGUUGUAUGGUCCCUGCUUGACAUGAUCCACCUGUAGAAUAUUCAUCCAGACUGAUAGUUGGGAGCAGGCCGAUUCAGGCCAUUAUCAUGAAAACAUGCUGUAAUGAUUUUGAGAAUGUGUGUGAAAAGUUGAUGAGAAUUGUUUUGUUACAUUCAAAGGAGUAAAAAAAUCUUGAAUUCUUUCUUUGCAAUUUUGUUUCAAUUGUAAUUGUGUAGUGAAUACUGGAUAGAGUGUCAGCUUGCCAUGAGCAAUGCCUAGGCUGGCUCCCAAGAGGUAGUCUCUUAUUAUCUCCACCCUGUUUCUUCUAUUGUGAAAAGCAGCAUCAAACCCAAGCCACUCACUCACUCUGUACAUCACACUGCUGUUCAACAGCUAACAACGUCGGUAGCCCUAUAUAUAUGCCACCCGUUAGAGUGGCUCGAUGGAUAUGGUGGGUUUCAGCCCUGGACAAUGUACUGGUAGAUAACUUCUAUAUCCACCAGUCCAGGACACACUAAUAUGUGCACAGAAGUAGUAACACUUGAUUCCUCACACAUUGGUAGAAAUUCUUUUGUCUGUUUUUUAUGUUUUUGAUUCAGUAACUAUCAAAUUACUACAAGCUGAUGUCAUUGUAACAGGUACGACACUCGCAUACGAUAACCUCCCUGUCGAAACCCUUUGUCUGUGCUAUUACAUAUACCCCAUCUACAACAUGAUCCUCACAGAAGCAUUGAUGGUGAUAUAUUACUUUUAGACAUCUUUAAAUAUGCUCUUAAUGAACUCUAAAAUUAAGACACAACUCUUUUAGUGUUCCUGGGACAACUAGACAAAAAAACAAGAGAAUGUUGAGCGACCCUCAUUAUAACCACCCAUUUCUUGUUGUAUGCAUGGCUAUGUAUCCUACUCCUUUCUAAUAUUGUCAUAAUUAUUAAUUGCUGUCAUGGACAAUGUAACAAUUGUUUGCAAUUAUCUGUUUAUUACAGAUGAGAUUCAUUUUCUAUUUGUUUUUAAUUUGAAAGGGAAGGAUAUUAUUGUAAUGAAAUCAUUUUACAUUCAUGGAAAAUAACAUUGAAUAUUUUCAACUUCAUGUCCAUUAUUGGUUCAUUUAGACGCUGUUCGUGUUUAUCGCUCUGUGGAGCCAACAUGACGUGCUAGAUGUUCUUUUACCUUGUUCAUUUGUGUCUUUCAAUAACGUGAUGAUCAUUUUGGGGAAAUAUUUGAGUACGACCACAGUGACUGUCUGACCUUUACAUUAGUCGUCAUUAAUAGUUCCACUUUCAAUACGUAACAUGCAGCAGCCCAUGCUUGUCAUAAGAGGGUGGUUGUAUUGGUAUUGGGUGGUCAGGCUUACUGCCUUGGUUGAUGCAUGUCAGCAUAACCCAUUUGUAUUGAUCAAUGACCAUGAAUCACUGGAUUGCCUGGUCCAGACUUGAUUAUUUAUAGACCUCCAUCUUAUAGCUGGAAUAUUGCUGAGUGGAGUGUUAUAGAAUCCAACAACUAAAGCCUUCACUUGUCACGGCGAAGUCACAGUCAAUUCCACACAUGGGUACAAUAUGUGAAGCCUAUUUCUGGGGCCCCCCACUGUGAUAUUGCUGGAAUAUUGCUAAAAGCAGCUUAAAACCAUACUCACUCACUCACAUCUGCUAUUUUACAAGCCUACUUCACAUGGCAAAGCUUGCCAUAGAUUGACCUUUAGCAUAGAUAAUCCAUAGGACUAGAGUCUUACAUGGUUUAGGCUGAUUGUGAAUGUAUUAUGAUAAGAAGACAUGGAUCUAUGGAAACUGUACUCUGUAAUUAGGAUUUGUUAACACCGCUUCAUGGCUGACCAAGAGGUCUUGGCCACUCUUAAUCAUGCCAGGGUCUGUGGUCGAGAGGUCAGAUCCUGUUGGCCCUGAUUAUAAUCCUUAGUUUAUCAGCCACAUUCCUGUGCCGUGGAUGUCGCCAGAUGCGACUGAACUGAAACUGACACGGAACUAGUGUUCAGCACGACAUUACACCCAACUCCUGAGAGUCAGGAUAGUGGCCGUGAUGUGAGCCUAAUUGUUGUAGUCCAACAGACUGGAGCAGUAGGCACAGCUGGUCGCGGAGGACGUGGUGUAAAGGCUGACAGAGAAUUGACCAUCAUGGCAACAUAUUCACUAGGGCUGGGACGAUACACCAGCUGUGCAAUCUGAUACGCAUCACGAUACCUUGCUCACGAUGCGAUAUGUAUCGCGAAACUUGCAUGUGCACUGUGGUGCGUAAGCCAUCUUUUUCAUAGACAGGAUUGCCAAAUACCUGGCACACUAAUGAUUAACAGUUGGCAGUGUCAGGUAUGGCACAAUGAAUGAAAUUAUUUACGUUUUCAGUACUCAUUUUCACUAGUAAUUAGUGUUUGGUGUUAUUCAAGAAAACACUUAUGGUAAGAAUCGAUACUUUUUACUUUGUUUGUGACCGUGUUCGAUACUGUGUAUCGAGAAGUGAAAAACCGCAAUCCACCGAUGCAUUGGUGUAUCGUCCCUCUACUAAUAUUAAGUCAGUGUUUCACACAGGGAUUAAGUUUAAAGAUGGGUCAGAUCGUCUGCCAGAAACACAGGACACUUACAAUUAGGGCACCCCUUCUUUAGAAACCUUCUCUUUUAUCAUUUCAAAGAUGCUAAUGCUAUAACUUUUCUUAUUUUUCCAAACAUAUUGGGGAGUUCGGGUAGCCUAGUUGUUAAAGCGUUCGCUUAUCACGCCGAAGACCUGGGUUCGAUUCCCAACAUGGGUACAAUGUGUGAAGCCCAUUUCUGGUGUCCCCGCCGUGACAUUGCUGGAAUAUUGCUAACAGCGGCGUAAAACCAUACUCACUCACUCUAAACUUGUUUAAAAGUCUUGUAUGAUGCUAUGAUGUACAGUACUUCAUGAGCUGAGUGUUAUGAUUUGAUAGCUGACACAACAAGUGCCCUUGUUACUCUUACUAAUCAGCUUAGAACUGUGGAAGCAUAGGUCAGGAAAUGUCCCAUGAUGCAGAGAGAUCAGUAGCCCUGUGCAACUGCCUGUCUAAACACAUCACGUUAGUCAGUUUCAGUUAUACUUCUCGAAAGAAGUUAAGGACCAAUCAAUUCCUACAUGUUACUAUAGUUAAUCAGUCCUGGCAUGACAGAUUAUCUUUAGUACAUUUAACAUGAAAAAAAUUGGAUGGUCCUUAACAUGGCACGUCAGAUUACUUUUCAUCAUGUGAAAGACUUGGGUGGUCCUUAACUUCUUUUGAGUAGUAUAUUUUAAUCAUCCAUCAGUUCAUCGAUGUAAUGACACCGCCCGGUUGUGUGAAGUUUUCCUCCCAUUAUGGUGAUUCCACUGUGAUCCAUAGAACUGCUGCAACUUGUCAGCCCCACCCAUGAUGCCAUUUUACCCUCACCGAUCACCACUGACAUAUUGUAGGUACUGAUUUGCAAGUGCUUGUUAAUGAAGGACCAGGUUCACAAAGCGAUCUUAGUUUUAUAACUGUUGUAUGUCUGUUAAGAUAUUUUAAUUGCGAUUGCUGAAGUUCUGGAAUUGCUUUGUGAAUAUGGACCCAGGCCACGAUGCUGUGUGUUGGUAACCAAUGGUGACCACAAAGGAAGAUCUUUCAGUUCUUGUCUUGGUCCUGCUUCACAAAGUGAUCUUUGCGCUACGACUGUCGUAUGUUGUGUUUGUGUAAGUAUAGGAAUUAUGACUUGUACUGACUGCUUUUAGUGUUACAACUGAAGGUGGUUUGUGCUCGGAGUUGAUAGACCUAUUGAAUUGCUACAUUGUUCAUCAGUUUCUGUUAAGCAUAGCAGUUAAACUGACUCGUGUACGUAAGUUUGUGAUUAAGUUCCGAAGUUGAUGCAAUAUUGAUGAUGCUAUGACUGUUAUUAGAAUGUUUUGACUAUCGAAUACGACUGACCUUAGUCUUAAAGCUGAGAGGUUUGUGACAUUGAAGUGAGCUUGGUGGUAUGACUGGUGUUAGAAUGUAAGAUUAGAAUUGUGUCAUAGUGCAAAGAUUACUUUGUGAAACAGGUCACAGAUAGCAAAUGUUUUUUUAGGAUUUGUUUGUAAUAAUUCAUGUCCAACAAAACACACCUCUUAAACUUUUUUGUGCCCAACUGCAGGCCUUGGAAUAAAACAGUCGUGGCCUAUGACUGCUUUGUGAAACAGGGCCCUCAAUCACUACAAUCCUAAUACUACAACAGUCGUAUGUCAAUCUUUAGGUAGGGGGCUCAAGGCAGUUGUAGUGCUACACUCGUUUUGUGAAAUGGAGCCUUGUACUGUAAGUUAGGUUUUCAGUAAUUAUGGCUAAGGUCACUUUGUGCAGAUGGGCCCAUUCAUGCUUACUGACAUCACACCCGUGUAUGGAUGGCCUGUAACAAUGCUGCAAUGGUUUGCCUGCUCCGGACUUGCUAACCUCUGUAACCUAGAGCCCCAUCAACUCACCCACUCAACUCACCACUCAACUCACCACUCAACUCACCACUCACACAUGGGAGGGGCUGACUGGUGGUGUUCAUCUAGCUGCAGUGCAGAUUUCUGUGGAGAGUUUUUGUAUAAAUAAGAUGUCCGUCUACUUUGUGAGGUGGCUCCAAUCACCAGGUGGUUGCCUCAACAGACUCAGUACUUGUUUCUCGUAAUUUCCUAAGAAGAAAUUAUUAUAUUUUAUUGUUGGUAUUGUGAGUUGAGACAUCUCCCUGGCCUGAACAACUGUUAUCCAAACUCACUGAGAAAUGUUCAUUAAGUCAGUUUUUAUGCUACAGGUACAUAUACUACUCAAAAGAAGUUAAGGACCACCUGAUUCUUUCAGAUUACUUUUUAAUCCACCAUGACAUAUUCACUAUAAUAUGAAAUAAACAGUGGGCCUUAACUUCUUUUGAGUAGUAUAAUACAAAAACAGGUACGUUACUUGACUUGUGGUAGGUAUAUUUCUCUUACUGCCACUGGGGACAGAUGUCAUACACAUGGUCUUUGUUAGGCAUUUAGAAUUUGGAAGAACAUGAAUGCAUCUUUUCAGGUCUUUAUUUCAGAAGAAAGAAUGAGAAAUACUGAAUUGGUUGUUGCUGCUAGAACUGGGGGGAGUUGUGGUUUGAUGCCCCCACUGUGCCAUGUUACAUAGAGAUUUAUUGUACAGAGGCUAUUUUGUCUAAGACAGUGUAUUGACAUAAAUUAUUCUGUUUUGAUACAGGAAUGAUCAAGCAUUCGGUUGUAGAUAGCUAGAAUAAGCUUAGCUGUAAAUAUGUUAGCUAUGCAAUAAAACGACAUGAACUGGU